AACUAAAGCACGGGGUCAAGGGCCAAAGCAAAUAGAUGGUAAUCUUGCUCUGAGUAAGCUGCGGCAACAGCUCCAAUGGCUUCCCAGCUAUCCUCCCUCGCUGCAUCCGCAGGCCUGUGCUUGCUUUCAGUUCUUGCCAUAGCCUUGCUGGCGGUGACCCUCUACAUCCUGGGUGUUGUUGCAUCCUUCGCCGUCUUCUGCAUCAAAGAGUUUGCACUGAGAGCCGAGGACCGGCCACCGCUCAUCGGGACCAUGUUCCGGAUGCUCAAGAACUACGACAGGAUGUUCGAUGAACAUGUGGAGUAUGCCCUCGCCCAUCGCACCAGCAGGAUGGUCUUUCCUGAUCCUGGGCACAGUGAGCUCUGGACCUCUGAUCCAGCCGUCAUUGAGCAUGUCCUCAAGACUAGCUUCCGUAAAUACAGUAAGGGGGACUUCAACAUUCAAAUCAUGAAGGAUCUCUUUGGAGAUGGAAUUUUUGCAACAGAUGGGGACAAGUGGCGGCACCAGAGGAAGUUAGCAAGCCACGAGUUUUCGACCAAAGUGCUUCGUGACUUCAGCAGUGGUGUGUUCAGAAAAAAUGCUGCAAAACUGGCAGAGAAAAUCUCAUCUGCAGCAGCCAACAGAAUUACCAUAGACAUGCAGGAACUUUUGAUGAAAACAACUAUGGAUUCAAUCUUCAAAGUGGGAUUUGGUCUUGAGCUCAACACACUAUCUGGAUCAGAUGAAUCUGGCAUUCAAUUUAGCGAGGCCUUCGACGAGGCAAACUAUCUUGUUUACCACCGAUAUGUUGAUAUAUUCUGGCAAUUGAAAAGGUUUCUUAAUAUUGGAUCAGAAGCCAAACUGAAGAGGAGUAUUCAGACUAUUGACAACUUUGUAAUGCAGUUGAUCCAUCAAAAGAGAGAGCAAAUGAAGAAUAGACGUGACUAUGUAAGGAAAUCCGAAGAGGAUAUACUAUCAAGAUUCAUACUGGCAAGCGAGAAGGACCCUGAAACGAUGAAUGACCGUUACCUGCGUGACAUAGUCCUUAACUUCCUAAUCGCCGGGAAAGACACCACAGCAAAUGCCCUCUCCUGGUUCUUCUACAUGCUGUGCAAGAACCCCAUAGUGCAGGAUAAGGUUGCACUUGAAAUAAACGAGUCUCUUGAGGGGGACAAGGAAGAUAACAACAUCAAAAACUUCACUUCAAGACUGAAUGAAGGUGCUAUUGACAAAAUGCAGUAUCUUCACGCUGCGAUCUCUGAGACACUCCGUCUGUAUCCUGCUGUUCCAGUGGAUGGUAAGAUGGCAGAUGAAGAUGAUACCCUGCCUAAUGGCUAUAGAGUGAUUAAAGGAGAUGGAGUGAAUUACAUGAUUUAUGCCAUGGGAAGGAUGACAUACCUCUGGGGUGAGGAUGCCGAAGAAUUCAGGCCUGAAAGAUGGAUUGUAAAUGGAGUCUUCCAGCAAGAAAGCCCUUACAAGUUUGUAUCUUUCAAUGCGGGCCCCCGUAUCUGCUUAGGGAAGGAUUUUGCAUACAGGCAGAUGAAGAUCGUGGCUGCUACCCUGAUUCAUUUGUUCAGGUUCAAACUCGCAGACGAAUCAAAGAAUCCUACAUACAGACCAAUGUUCACCCUCCACAUCGAUAAAGGCCUUCAUUUGUAUGCAUACCCACGUUCAGUAUGAACUGGCAAGCAAGCUGUUGUAUCCUUUGUUACUGUAGUGGAUGUAUCUACACAUUCCGCAACUAUUCUUUAGUAAAAACUUAUGCUGGGUACUUGUAAAGGACAAUGAAGCUGCAUGAGACAAUUGGCUGGGUAUACUUUCUAUCGCAUAACACUUAAUACUAAGAACACUAGGACUA